GCCUCGGAUCGCAAUGGCCUCUGGGGAGGCAAGACGCACAUGUUUUCUUCUCACUCUUCCCAGUUAAUAUUGUGUAAUGUGGGAAGAGGUUGGUGCAAGUAUAUUACUUCUGAUCUUUUCUCAUGUUUCCAGGGUCAAUAAAUGCUGUCGUUUUGAAGCCGUGCUUCUGUCUGGAAUUCUUUACAGAACUGGAUCUGCUACACAUGCAAUGAUAAAAGGACACUCUCUCAGCUGUUAUGAGUGCACGGGUCUGACGGGUUCUUGUGUGGAUCAGAAGUUGAAAACUUGUCCUGGUGGAUCUUCUCAGUGCUUGAGUUUAACAGCAGCAAGACAAGAUCUACUUAGUGUAAAAGUGAAGGUUAAAGAUUGUGCUGUUGACUGUCAAAGUGGGUUCAUGAAUCUCGGCAAUUCAAAGAUGUCUUCUUCCUGCUGUAACACAGAUCAGUGUAACGUCCAAGAUGCUCCAGAUCCCUCUAACACCCAUAAUGGAAAGAAAUGUUUCUACUGUGAUGGACAGACCUGCUAAAACACAGUGAGCUGUUCAGGGACUGAAGAUCGGUGUGUUAAAGCAACAGUGACUGUUGGAAGCCUGUCAGCUGUUGCAAAAGGCUGUGCGUCAAAAUCUAUUUGUGAUGCCACAUUUAUCCCUAGUGUUGAGGGCAUUUCCUGUUGUGAGGGGAACCUGUGUAACGGGUCUCAGAGUGUCAUCCAGAGCGUCCUGAUACUCUGCGGUUCUCUGCUCUCAUACUUACUCCUGAUGCACUGAAUACUGAUAGAGAUCUUCACAUUUUACAAUCAGACAUAUGGACUGAAUAUAUAGCUUGUGUUUUCUGUACU